CAAGCACCUCGCCGCUGACCUCGCUCGUCGUGGGUGGCCCUGCUCCUCCAGACUCGCUGCUACUCUGAUGAAGUUCGACGCGCUCAGCCGCCGCUCAUUGCAGCACGUGCCGCUGGUUCUCGCCGCUGCGCUAACGUCCGCUCCGUCGCUGCCCGCCUUGGCGCGGCCGGAAGGCGUGAACAAGCCCGAGCUGCUCCCAACAGGGCCUGUUCAGAGAGUGAUUGACCUCCAAAAGUUCCUCACAUCGGGCGAGCGAACAAAGAUGGACACGCAGCUCGCCAAGAUCGAGGCGGAGACUGGCUUCAAGCUGCGCGUCCUCUGCCAGCAAUACCCAAACACACCGGGCCUCGCCAUCAAAGACUAUUGGGGCCUCGACGACAAGUCGAUUGUGCUCGUCGCCGACAAGGGUACCAAGGGCACCUCAAACAUGCUCAACUUUAACGUGGCCGAGGGCGCGAAGCUGCAGCUGCCAAACACCUUCUGGACGCGGCUGCAGUCCACCUUUGGCAAUACCUUCUUCGUCAAGGAGAAUGGCGAGGAUGUGGCCAUCCGCCGCGCCGUCGACGCCAUCGACUACUGCCUCCGCGAGGACCUCGGCUGCGUCGACGUGCCGCUGCAGAUCAAGGACCCCUCGCGCGCCAUGUACGGCGACCCGACGGACCCGUUCAAGGGGAGCAACCCGUUCGCCUCGGUGACGGACGGCAUCAGCUCAGGCGCGGAGAAGAUUUUCGGGUCUUGAAUCAUAAUUGAAGUGUGAUGCAUGAUGCGUGAUCGUGACGCCACAAAAGAACUCUGCCUAUCUGCGCAAUACAGACUACCACGCUAUAAGUCCUAAAACACCUUCGCGCGCUUUC